CGACAGGACUGUGUUGGAGGAAAAUAUUGCCCACAGCAGACUGAGACUACUUGGCAGUAAAGACUGCUGGCGGAGGGAGCUGCGGUAACCCGUUUCCAGAAUCUACUGUCCAGUUUUCUUGCCAGCACCAAAUUCGGAUGAAUUUGGUGGAGAACGAAGAGGAAAAACUGAAACUUCGCCUGAAUGGUGAAGGCCUGAUCUGAAACUCGUUCUUCCAACCCUCUUUACCAGUCGUGAGCCUUGUUUGCACCUUCUCUAUAGCAAGAAAAAUUCAAAGUGAAAGCUACCACACUCUGAGCCAUUAUUUGAUCACCAGCGUAAGCAUAUUUGAAGGGUUAUUACAGUCUUGUGGAAGUAUAAAAUUAAGCUUUUCUCGGAUACGUCUGUGUGGACUUGCAGCUUACAACAUGGCCAAGAAAAACAGCCAAAAGGAUACCUCUGGGGUGGUGUUUGAUACUCACUCAAAAAUGGUCAUGUCCCAGGGAGGAACAGCUGAGAGGAUGAAGGAGAAGAUCAGUGCCGUCAGAGCAGUUGUCCCCAACAAAAGCAACAAUGAGAUUGUGCUGGUGUUACAGCAUUUUGAGAACUGUGUUGACAAGGCGGUUCAAGCUUUCUUAGAAGGCAGUGCAGUUGAGAUCCUGAAAGAGUGGAACGUCACCGGCAAAAAGAAGCCCAAGAAGAAAAAGAAGCCCAAGCCCCAGCCAGAGGCCUCAGCGGAGCCUGCUCCACCUGAGGCCGUUUCGCCUGAGGAGAGCAAGGACGAAACCAACGGCUUUCAUGCUAACGGAUCCGUAAUGGACGGAGAGUCGCUUGACUCUCUGAGUGAACAGUUGGACUCUGCUUCCCUGGAUGCAUCCGAGCUGGACUCUGAACCCGCUACAUCCGAAACCACCGUAAUCUGUCCUCUCACAGGUGCAGAAGCAGAAAGUCAAGUUAGCGCUCCGAGUCCCGCCUCUCAGCAGGGAGGGAGGAAUCACCAGGGUCCCAGAGCCAACAAGUCCCGACACAGGCCAGGCUCAAAUUCACAUCAUCCCUCAUCCUCAUUAGCAUCCACCACCGAUGAAAGUAAUCAAGGAUCGUCAGGCAUCAAAAAGAUGGCUCCCAAUAUCGACCGCUCAGUGAAGGACCUGCAGAGAUGCACCGCCUCACUGACUCGCUACAGGAUGGUGGUCAAGGAGGAGAUGGACUCCUCAAUCAAGAGGAUGAAGCAGACGUUUGCUGACCUCCAGAGCUGUUUAAUGGACAGAGAAGUGACUCUACUGGGGGAAAUGGACAAAGUGAAAGCAGAGGCCAUGGUAAUUCUGGACGCCCGACAGAAGAGAGCAGAGGAGCUCAGACGGCUGACAGACCAGUCGGCGUCCAUGUCUGAGGAGCAGCUGACUGAACUGCGUGCAGACAUCAAGCACUUUGUGAGUGAACGUAAAUACGAUGAAGAUCUUGGGAAAGCUGUAAGAUUUACAUUCGAUCUCGAACCGCUGAAGACGAGCAUCUCAGGGUUUGGAUCAGUUUACCACCCACGUACAGGCUACUCAAAUCGGUCCCGUUGUAGCUCCACGUCGUCUUCUGUUGCCAGCCCAAGCCUGAUGGAAACCCCUCCUCCCACCCAGACCCAAAGCGCCCCCAGUGAACACCGCCCGCCACCAACCAAACAGAUUUUCCAAGGCAACAGGCGUACUUUCCAGGGACAAGGUUAUCACUCGGGCGGUCAGCGGUAUAACGGCAGCUCCUACCAUGACAGGAACGCCGGUCGCGCUAACCACCGCUACCAGAGUGACGGCGGCUCCUCUGGUCCUAAUUCACAGCACUCCAACAGCUCCAGAGGCCCCUCCCACUCCUCAUCGUCCCACAACCAAGACCGACCCUCUCACAACGGGCUCCCCCAAAGGCCUCCGCGGACGCACUGCCCUUGACAUUGGAAUUCCUCUGCUUAAUCAAACCCAUCUACUAACCCCUUGCACUCCCCUCCCCCUCCCUCUCCCUCUCCCCCCGCUCCUCCCUCCCCCCAGUACCCUUCACUCUCUCCCACCAUACUAACUCCUCUCAAUGUAGAGUAAAAUACAAGUUUACAUAUUUCCGUCAGUUGAGCUGUGGUACCACCUCUCUACAUCGACCCAUUCAUCCUUCAAACUUGAAAAGCUCUCGCUCUUCUGUAAUCACUCUUCCUUUCUCAUUUCUCCGGUCCCGGUUAAGGCAACAGCUUCUAUCUUUAGUCCCCCCCCUUUGAGAGAUCUCAUCGCUAAGCUAUCGUCAGUCUCUGUUACUAAUAUUUUUUUUUUUUUUUUUGUUGCACUGCUUCAGAGAAACCAGUAAAGCAGUCAGCCAGAGACUGACAUAAUUACCUGCAACAAUUUGUGCACUAUUGAAGUUGAACUCUUAGUACUGUUUCUAUUUUUGCUGUGGCUUAUGUCAGCUCUGAUUUGCACCUCAGAUCUUUUUUUUUUUUUUUUAAAUAAUUAUUAUUCUUGUCUCCCAGAAACAUUUCAAUGCCUUCACUGUGAAAAGAGUAGUGAAAGUGCACCAGUAGUUCUAGCAUUAACAGGGUUUUGGGUUUUUUUGUCAUCAGGAGAGUAGACAUGCAAUCAACACUACAGACUAUCGUUAAUCUUUGUAAGGUAAAAAGGAAACAUAUCAAACUAAUCCAGAGCUUUUCGUAUAUGGCUGCUACAAACAGUAGGGAACUUGUCAAUGCUAGGAAUAAAACGUGUUUGAGGGUGACGCAGAGCACAGAAGUCGCCCUAUUAAAGGAAUAGUUUGACUUUUAGGGAAUGCGCUCAUUCGUUUUCUUUCUGAGAGUUGGAUGAGAAGAGACGUCACUCUCAUGUUUGUAAGUAUGAAGCUACCGCCAGCAGCCGGUUAGUUUAGCUUAGCAUAAAGACUGGAAGCAGAGAUAAACAGCUUUGUUUCUGCCUGCUAGCACUUCUAAGGUUCAUUCAUUAACACGUUACAUCCCGUUUGUUUAAUCCAAACAAAAAUGGAAGAGUAAAAAUGAUAAAUUGCGGUUUUUCGGUGUGUUAUUUAGCUUCUGUACUGUCACAUGUUUCUACACUUCACUUUUUUGUUUGAAUUAAACAAACAAGAUUUAAUUUUUAAUGGUGGAACUUGUUAGCUUUGGAAGGAGCCAGGCUAGCUGUUUUCCCCCCUGUUUCUAGUCUUAAUGCUAAGCUAAGCUAACUGGUUGCUGGCUGUAGCUUCAUAUUUACCACACAUGAGAAUGGGAUCAAUCUCAUUUAACUCUCAGCAACAAAACAAAUAAACACAUUUCCCAAAAUAUUGAACUGUUCCUUUAAAUAUUGCCUAAGGCAGUGAUGUAUUACCCUCCCACUGGCCAGUGGGGUUUAUCGUGUGUGCUGUUCUCGGCUUGCUGCCCGUUAUUUUAUAACAAAGAGAGGGCUCAUUACCUUUUCGUAGAAUAAUGUUAAAUAUGUUUAAAACACAACAAAAGGAAACUAUGUCCACAUGCUGUUUUCAUGUCAGUUCUAAACAUCUGGACGACGGAUUUUCUUCCACAUGCGCAGUUUGUUUUGUGCUUUGUUGUUGUAAUAUGCACAUAAAUGGCAUAUUAAUGACAUGCUUGCCUUUAGUCACAGAGAGACUUCACAUUUGCCUUUCUAGAAACAUGGACAUCUGCAUCAUGACGGCUUUCUGAACAGACGGUACUUGUAGAGCAGACGUGCCUGUAGAGCAGACGUGCGAUAUAUAUAAAUAUAUAUAAAUAUGUCUCUUCUUUUUAUACACUCACUUUGUCCCAUCUGUGAAAGUGAAAUUGAUGAAUGCAUUGGAUGGUUGUGUUGAUUUCACAGAUCUUUUCUAUGGCUGCCAAGUAGACGCUUCAAGGCUGUUGUCGAGGUUAAAAUCUCUUCGUAAAGUCUGCAAGGAUGUGAACAAAAAAAAGCUGGCGAAUACCUCAUUGCUGAUCCUUUCGACGCGGCCGGUUUUCUCGCAGUGGGCUCUAAAUCGAUCGACAGGUGAUUCUUCACCUGUUAUCAUCCUGUAGUUGUGUACAUAUGUGGAGCUGCAGGGCUGUAGUGUAAAACCGGCUGUUACAUUAAUUGCUGCAUCUUCAUAAUGUGUUGUCUUCCGUCAAGCUGACUUUUUUUGGAAGAAAAAAACAAACAAAAAAAAGAAUUUAAAAGAUUGUGUUCACUCCUAGUUUUUGUUUCCUCGUAGGUUUUUCUGACCAGAGGGAGAUUUUUUUUUUUUUUUUCUUUCUUAUUUGAGAUGAAAAUCAUAAUUAUGUUAGUGAAUACUGUGGAGAAAGAGUGCUAAUUUGUUUGCAGUCUUUGGUAAAAGGUGCUGUAAUGACACAUUAAAUGGGUUAUCUUUUGACUUCAAGGAAUAGUUCAACAUUUUGGGAAAUAUUGGAUCAUUCGUUUUCUUGAUUAUCAAUCUUCUCAUCUCACUCUUGACAAGAAAGCAGAGAAGCGUAUGUCCCAAAAUGUCAGACUAUUCCUUUAAGUGCUUGCAGAGGUUUAAGAUGGUUAUAAUAUAACAAAGAUCUUCUGACUGAAGUUGUUGGGGAAGUUUUACCUCAAUCUCAACCAGUUCUCUGCUUAUCGUUGGUGGGCUGCAGUUUGAAUUGAUCAAAGCAGCAGGACAGAUAAUAACAAUUCAAGCUUUUUAUUCCAGCACAUCUCGAGUGUUAAAGAGAGUUAGUGCUGGAUUGGUUCAAUCAGUCGACUAGUUUCCUCAUUGGGGAUUUUGUCUCCCACUUUAACUAAGCAGUCUUUGUUUUGUUUUUACAUUCCAAACUGUAGGAACAUUUAGUUUAUCGCCAAAGAUAUAAUUUCGUCCUGUUUAAAGUUGCUGCCUUUUUUUCUUUUCCUCGGCCUGUAAAAAAUAAAAAAAAUAAAAUAAAAUAAAAAAAAAAAGAGAGAGAAAAAAAUCCAAAGGGGAUAAAUCCAACACUUCACAUUUUCUUCUUCCCACCCUGCUUUAUUUUCCCAGUUCCUUACUGUAUAUACAUAUAUGUAGCUAUAUAAUUUUGUGCUCACAUGGGGCAUUUUGUAUGUGAUAUUCAUAUUAGGCAUAACGGAGGUUUAAACAUCUAGUUCAUUCAUUUUUUUUCCGGUAGAACUUGUGUCCUUCUCAAGACUACUUUUCUGAGACAACUGUAAACUCAAGUGCCUUUUUCUUGUCUCCCACCAAUCCAAUCGAAAUCCCCUCCACCAGAGAAUGGACCAAAGACAUCGACCGUCCCCCGACAACCCCCUGCCCUCUCUUUCUCCCACUUCACUGAAUGGCACACUUUUCAUUUACUACGAAUAAACAGUUUGCAAUACCGAC